UCUGGCAGCGAGGCCUUUCCGGAUCCGGUGCGCGGUGCACGGUGGGAUACCGGUGGAGGCCAUUAGAGCGCUAAAGCUGAGCCCACGCUGAGCAGAGACGUGCCUCGCGGAGCGUUUAGAGCUGUACUGCUGCAAAGAUGUCUAUCGGAGUGCCAAUUAAAGUGCUGCAUGAGGCAGAGGGCCACAUUGUGACAUGUGAGACCAAUACAGGGGAAGUCUACCGUGGCAAACUCAUUGAGGCGGAGGACAACAUGAACUGCCAGAUGUCCAACAUCACAGUGACAUACAGAGAUGGGCGAGUGGCACAGCUGGAGCAGGUGUACAUCAGGGGUAGCAAGAUACGGUUCCUCAUUUUACCAGAUAUGUUGAAAAAUGCUCCUAUGUUAAAGAGCAUGAAGAAUAAAAACCAGGGUUCUGGGGCCGGACGAGGCAAAGCAGCUAUUCUUAAAGCCCAAGUGGCUGCAAGAGGAAGAGGUCGUGGAAUGGGCCGUGGCAACAUUUUCCAGAAGCGAAGAUAAUUUUGGACUUAACUUACUCUCUCUCUUUUUUUUUUUUUUUUUUCUUUUUUUUUCUUUUUAAGGGUUUAAUUUACUACUGGUGCAGUAGUUAGGGUUCUGUUUUAAAUAAAAUCUGUUUCUGACAAAAUAGAGAGUUUGUUUGCUGUUGUGUGUUGACAGGUCUUGCCUGGGACAUAGCUGAUGAGGUGAUGGCUUUUUGUAGCUGGAAGAGUAUUGCAGAUUAUUUCCAAAUCCAUCUUGAAAUAGAGAGACUGGUACCUGGAUUUGUGUUCUCAGUAUUUUUUGUUAAAACUUGAAUUUCAAGAAUGUCUUUGUGUCCCUCACUUUUCUCACUAAAUCCUGUUGCCAUCCACUCUGCAGAAAUGAGUUCAUUCACUAUCCAAAUCAGGAGCGGGCAAGCAUUAUGGCCCGAGGGCCACAUCUUGGUGGGGAAAUUGUAUGCAGGGCCA